GCGGUGCCGGCCCUUCCCAUCCCCCCUCCACCCGCCAUCCCGCCUCGGCGGCGGCGGCGCCGACACAAACAAGCGGACAGGGCCGUUAUUAAAAGGAAAACACCGCCCGAGCGGGCAAAGGCAGGGAAAGAGAGGCUCACCCCCUUCAGCCGCUUGAUCAGCGCGUUCUUGGAGCCGCUCUUGGCCAGGCCGCGCUCCUCCAGGGCCGCCUUCAGCUUCGCUCCAGGCCGUUUCCGGUCCGAGUGCAUCGGCUACUUCCGGUCCUAGAGCCUCGGCUACUUCCGGCGGUCUCUCCGAGCGUUGACGUCACCGGUCGGGCAUCUCCGCCGCCGCUCGGGCGUUUCCGGACCCAGACGCGGAAGUCCACCGCCCGCCCCAUUUAAAGGGGCAGUCCACACGCCAACUCGCCCCCAGCAGGGCAGCUGGGAAGCCAGCUCAGGGACGGUGCGGGCGCUACGUCAAGGGAGGGGGAAGCCACCCCCUCCACGGCACAGGUCUCCAGCUGGUGCCCCCGGACGGUGUGGGUGUGAUGGGUGAGGCCGUGGCGCCCGGUCUCUCGGCGAAUCCAUGGGCGUCCCCUGAACAGGAGCUCCGCUGCGUCCUGCACUGGUUCAGCGGCUGGAGCCCGUGCCAGCGCCGGGUGUUUGUGGGGGAGCUGGUGAAGAGGGCAGUCCCGGGGAAGGUAUGCUGCCUGCUGGAGGGACUGGGCAGCCUGGCCCUGACUGACCGGCCCCCCAGCCUGUUCCAGUGCCAGCUGCGGCUGUGGGCCCGCUGGUUCGAGAGCUGGACGGAGGACCAGCAGAACCAGCUGGUGACCAGGCUGGAGGAGAGCGCCCCGGAAUACGCUGCCCAGUUUUACAGGGAACUGGCAUCGACAGCAGGCAGGCAGUGACCCUGGGGGGAGGGGGCGGU